CUCAGGAGAUCUGGGUUCUGCUCUCAGCUCUGCGGCUGCUCUGCUGUGACCACGGCCGGGUCACUGCCCCCAGGGAUAACAGUUUGUAAAGCGGCUGGAGGCUCCCUGCAGGAGAAGUGCUGGGGAGAGAGGAGCCCCCCUCAGCCACACGCCACUGCUGCGCUGCCCCAACCAAGCCACUUCCAGCAAGAUGGCACUGCUGGGGGCGGGGCCUGCGCCCUCCCGGAGGUCAGCUUUGCUGUGCCCUCAGCUGUGAGCAGGCUGGCAUGCCGGUGAACCAGCGGGGGCUCGCGGUCGGGGGGCCACUCACCAGGGCCCCUGUGGAGGCCAGGCGCUCUCCUGGCUGCCCAUCACGGGGUGUGUGUGCUUCGCUGCGAGGGGGGGCUCUCUGCUCCCACCCGUUUCCCUCGACCACCUGCUCUCCAGCUGAGAGCCUGGCACCUUCCCUCCCAUUGGCCCUGUGCUCCUGCCCACGAGACAAUAGCUGCUGUCUCCUACCGCUCCCGAGGCCUGCUGGAGUGGGACUGGGCCCCGGCAGAGGGACACAGGCCCCUGAGGGCCCAAGUCGCCUGCAGGGCUGGCCAUUUCCCCUCAGCAGGGUGCCCCAAGGUAUGGGCUCGCCCCGUUGCAGCUCCCCCAUUGGGAAUACUCGUUCCUUCGCCGGGAGCUGGCCAGGCCCCAGAGCACGAGGCCUGUAGCUGCCCGGGGUGCUGACACCCUGCUGCAGAGACCGGCAAGCCUCCGCAGGUCCCAGCGUGCCGGAGGCAGCAGGGCCCGGAAGGUCUUAGGACUAGCAGCAGUGCAGACACUAUGGGAACCUGGUACCGCGGUGCCCGGCCUCUCCAGGCCCUGGGCAUUGUGGGAAAGCAUUACAAAAAUGUUAAUCCCAGGGGCUUAGAGGCUGGCAUGGAGUGAGAGCUGCCCAGCCCCUCGCAGGAGGCAGACGGGGUCACAGCUGGGGGCACCUGCGCUGCGGGGCCAGCUGUUAACUGCAUCAGUACCACAUUGAAUAGACUAUGUCCAGGCCCUUCUGCUUCUGAGCAGCCUGUUGGCCUGGAGCAGGGGUGUGGGAAGUGCCUGGGGGUCAGCCCUCUUCCCCCUGAUUCUCCUUGGCACUGCCACUAGCGGUGCUGCUUUCAUGUCCGCCUCUCCUCCCAUUUCUCCCUCGUCUGCCCCUCCCAUCUGGCCGAGCUCUCCAGGUGCAGGCAGCGCUGGCCAGUCAGUGCACGCGUAACUCUGCCUUUCCUCCCACUGGCUGGGGGUGGGGGCUCCUGCUGGGGGUGCCCCUGCAUGUGUAGUCCGCUGGCCUGGCAUGCACUGCCCCUGCCCUGCGCUCCCCGUCUUCCCCGUGUCGGUUUCUCGGCAGGCCUAGGGGGCAGGUGGAGCCGAGCAGUUGUGGGGAGCAGCCGAGCAGAGCUGCUGGGGAUCGCUGGGCAGGGACUCCGGGAUCAGACGGUCUGUGUGUGGGAGGGGCGGGAAGUAGCGGGUCCCACCGGGGCAGAGGCCCCUGGUGCUGUUGCCUGUGGGUGGGAGAGCCCUGGGCAGUGCGCGCUGGGGGGUUCACUGCCUUCUCGUUCUUGGCAGGCUGUGAGGUGCUGGUGUCUCGUCCCGCUUGGAGCCUGAGGCCCAGCGCACCCUUCUGCCUCCCCGACGUCACCAAUGCGACCAUGGGAACUGGCAGUCAAUAGGCGGCCUCCCUCUGCCCCCUUCAACCCGCGGCGUUUCUCGGGGGGACCCUGCAGCAGCCCCGAGCACCUCAGGCGAAGCCCCCCUUCCAGGCGUCCGUGGGGACGACGCGACCGACCUCUGCAAACCCUGCUGGCCCAGGAUGAGAACUACCUGCGCCCUGCCUUCCCCCCGCAGCAGCAGCACCUCCCUGUAGAUGAGCCCCGAGCGUACGCUCUCGCCAACACGCCACCACGAAUGCUUCACCCAGCCGCUCACCCGCCCCACCAGAGCCCAUUCAUGGUGGAUCUCCACGAGCAGGUGCACCAGGGCCCCGUCCCCCUCUCCUACACGGUGACCACGGUAACGACGCAGGGCUUUCCUAUCCACGCAGGCCAGCACAUCCCCGGGUGCAGCGCGCAGCAGCUCCCAGCAUGCUCCAUGAUGUUCAGCGGGCAGCACUACCCACUCUGCUGCCUCCCGCCCCCUCUCAUCCAGGCAUGUGCCAUGCAGCAGCUGCCCGUCUCCUACCAGACGUUCCCGCCCAUCCUCUCCAGCGACCAUUACAUCCUGCACCCGCCCCCGCCAGUGCCGCCGCACCAGCCCCCGCACAUGGCCCCCCUCGGCCAGUUCCUGCCGCUGCAAGCCCAGCACCCGCGCAUGCCUCUGCAGAGGAUAGACAAUGAGGUGGAGUUGCGAGGGGAGCAGCAUGCCAUCGGGGGCUUCGCCUACCCGCCCUCUCCCCACGCCCCAGCGCUGUCCCCCUCUGUCCCGCUGCAUUACCUCCCCCACGACCCGCUGCACCAGGAGCUGCCGUUUGGCGUGCCAUACCCACCCAUGAUGCCACGGCGACUGAAUACCCAGCGAUACCGACUGCAGCAGCCACUGCCGCCCCCCCCACCGCCGCCCCCCCCCUACUACCCGAGCUUCCUGCCGUACUUCCUCUCGAUGCUCCCCGUGUCGCCGACGGCCGUGGGGCCCACGCUCAGCCUCGACCUGGACGUGGACGAUGUGGAGAUGGAGAAUUACGAGGCGUUACUGAACCUGGCUGAGCGGCUGGGCGAGGCCAAGCCGCGGGGCCUCACCAAAGCAGACAUCGAACACCUCCCAUCGUACCGCUUCAACCCCGAGAGCCACCAGUCGGAGCAGAGCCUGUGCGUCGUGUGCUUCAGCGACUUCGAAGCCAGGCAGCUGCUGCGGGUUCUGCCCUGCAACCACGAGUUCCAUGCCAAGUGUGUCGACAAAUGGUUAAAGGCGAACCGCACGUGCCCGAUCUGCCGGGCGGACGCGUCCGAGGUGCACCGGGAGGCCGAGUGAGGCUCACAGACACUCUGCCGCACAAUUCGCUAGAGGAAGAGGACCUUGGGCGAGGGGCCCGGGCCACCAGCCCGCCCCCUGGGCCCGGCCGCGCGCUUAGCCCCAAGGCUCUCCUCGGCUGUGGUGAGAAUAGACGCAAUCUAGGAUCCCGGACACCCCACCUCCUCCCCGCCUGCGCGGCACGGCCAGGGCCCGGGGCGCUCCCUGUGGCGCCGGGGCUGGCCCCGGAAUGGUGCUGGGGGUGUGGGCGGCGGCGCCUCCCCGUGCUCCGCGCACCCCAGAGACGCCGGCCUUGCGCCAUCACUUUCAGCUCUUUGUAUCUGUUGGGUUUGGGUUUUCUGUUGAGUUUUGGUUUGUGGCUGCGUGACCCGGCGCCGGAGCGAGCCUGGCAGGUUUGAUCGCACCAGCAGCUCGAAGCAGGAGGGCCAGGCGAGCUGCCCGGGACGGACUGGGCCCUGGCGGGCAGCAGGAGGAAAUGGUCAGUGGGGCACCGGGCACAGCUACUCGAGGCAUUACCAGGGGCCAGGCCUCUCCCACUCCCCAGUCCAGCCUCCCAUGGAGAGCGGGUCGGGCUGGGCCUGGCGCUGUCCUGCUGGAGCUCGGACAGGAGGAUCCCCAUUGUCCUUCCCUCCCUGGGCCGGCCGCUCCAGCAAUACUACUCCCGCGCCGUCGCUGACAGGUGGUGGGCAAAACCUCCCGGUCCCUGCCAGUGUGCCUGGUGGAGAGACCCUGCAUGCCACAGGGGCACCUGUCUUUCUAGAAGGCGAAUGAGGUGCGGCCCUGGUGCGGAGAGCCCCCGGUGGGCAUGUCCCUGGCUUGCAGGGCAGACGGCCCCGGAGUGUGCUCCUGCCUCAUUUUUAGAUAUUCUCGCGGUGAAUUGUAACUGCCCUGUGCAGAGGGUGACGCAGCAGCCCCCUGUACUCCCAGCCCCCCGUGAGCAUCCCAGCAGGGCCCUGCGCUGGCCGGUGGAUGGGGGGGAGGAGGUGGGCAUUGAUUUAUGGAUCUUCCCUUCCCCCAGCUUGUAUCAUGGAAACGCUGAGCGGGUUCUGCCCCUCCCCACCUUCCCGUCCCUUCCUCUGCCUCCAUCCCGGCCCUGUGCCCUGGUAAUGCCUCUGCAUGGUCUGUUGCUUGUGCCCUGGGUCUGGUCCUUCGGGUGCGUGCACGCUGCUGCCCAGACGCCUCCCAGUCAAAGCAAGGGAGCGGCCAAGCCGGUGCCCGAAAUGUUUGUCGUGGAAGUUGUGUUGCAUGAUGUAACGAGAAGAACCCUCUUCCUGGGGUGUGCUCCGGGUGCAGGGAGACGGACGCCAGCCCCGUGUAGAUGUUCACAAUAUGCAUGCGUGUCCGAGCAGCUUGGGACGUGGUAUUGACUCCCUGGCCAGCGGGGGCGAGGGGCUCUGGGCUCAGCUCACUACUGCCAGGCACCGGACUGCACGUGGCCAGCGCCUCAGGAGGACCGUAAGAUUUUCAGGACAUUUCCCCCCUCCCCCCAAGGUAAACUGAGUCAGGAGGAGCCCAGGGAGGAGGAGCCAGCUUAACCAACAAACGCACACGGACGUUCCCUCUCCACCAGCCAGAGGUGAGAAGUUGGGGGGGGAGGCGGUCAGAGAGAGGAGCGCCCCCUUCUCAUUGGUGUGCCCCACCCCUCUCUCGCUCACUUGCACCUGGGGCGAGGGUUGGCCACGAGAAUGGCCCCCGGUGCUCUGAGCUUCCCACAGGCAGACUGGGGCUGUGUACCCUCCCCCAGGGUGGAGGGACUGGUCUGCUGGUGGGAAGCCCUGAGCUGGGCCCUGGUGGCUGCAGCUAGGGGUGGGGGUGGGUCAGGGCCAUGCACUGGCUUAGCAAUACUGCGCCCUGGAGCAGGGGGAAAGUCCAGGGACUGAGCCGGGUCCCUGCAGCCAUGCAGGGUUUGGGGGUCCAGGAAGCCUGACCCCGGGGGGCUGGUGUUCAGAAUCCAGCUGGCAGUGUGGGGGUGGGAGGGCCCGUUUCCCCCCCCCCCCCCAGGUUAGCUCAAGGCAGAGCUGGGAGCCUCCCAGCCUGGCACCUUUGUGCCUCUUGCACCAUGUGCCUGGGGCACGGGGAGGCCGGACUGUGGCCAAACAGCAGCUUCGGAGUGGCAGAAGCGAAGGCCUUUCCUGCCCUCUCAGCCAAUAGAAUCACAGUAUCCUCCAGACGGGGCCCAGCUGCUCCAUUACGGACAAUCCAGUUUGUCGCGGAAGCUUUUACACUGUCCCGGGAGAGCUGCCCUUCCGGCCGGUGAGGCACUGGGCUGGCGUUUGCUCUGGGGCCAGCGAGCAGCCCCCCUGGCUCCUCCUGCCUGCCAGGCCAGGGCCGGCUCCUGCACUCAGGCAAACCGCACAGACACCAGCAGCUCCUGGGGGACUAGGUGCCCCGGCCAGCCCCUCCUCCCCCGUUUUCAACGUUUUUAUUUCACGGACACGACUAACCAAAGGUCUCUUCUGUACAUAGCCGCAGGUGACGUUUCUCUGUGUAUAGCCAAUCGGAGCAGUGUUGGCAUCCACCUGUUUUAACCCCCCUUUAAGAUGCCCGGUGAAAAGCCUUACGGUUCUUUUGAUGGUGACUCGAAAGCUCACAGCUCGUGUGCUGCAGAAUUUAUUCCAAUGAGCAGCUAAGGUCUCAUUUAAAAACAGCCCCCCAAUUAUUUAGGAUGUUUGUGAUUGCUGAUUGCGCUGUAGAUACCACUGUUACCAAUGAGUUCCUGUGGUGGGGUAGUGGACUGUUUACUGUUCUAUUAUUCCAGUCCCCAGGCCCUCCAGAGGGACAGCUCAGCGGCCCCCCUGGAUGGUGCUAGGACGCGUGUUCUGUGUUAGAAAGUUUUAUAUAUAUAUAUAAAUAUAUAUAUAAUUUUUUUUGCUCUGUUACUUGCACAUUUUACAGUUACCUCAUUUUUCCCAUGUAUGUAUUUGAGAAAAGGCUAAUAUAUAGAGAAAAAGGUUCUUAAAGCUCUAAAAGUGUUUUUUUCCAUUCCAUUGGACUCAUAUUGGUUUUGUAGCAUUUAACAUACCUAGUCUGUUGUAUUAUAUAUAUGUGUAUUAUACGGAUUGAAAUUUUUAACAGAUUUGUACUUUUUUUAAAAUGAAAGUUGCUAGUUCGGCUUGAUCAAGUAGUGCAAUCAUUAUUUUUUUUAAUGUUGUGGCUGAUUUUGAGAGGGAUAUUCACUAAUAAAUGUAUGAUGUAUACCAACGC